GCAUCUUUCACCCGAAUGACAAUAAAGUUGUUUUUAUUUCAAGAAAUCGAUAGAAAAGAAAGCCCCACCGCUCUAAAGCUCAGCUGACGGGAAGUGGAGUGUGCAGCUGGAGUUCGAGAGUUACCGAAGCCCAAAGUUGGCGGCUGGACCAUGGGAACCCAAAAGCCGCGGAUCCUGCCCUGGCUGGUGUCGCAGCUAGACCAGGGAAAGCUGGAGGGCGUGGCCUGGCUGGACGAGAACCGCACGCGCUUCCGCAUCCCUUGGAAGCACGGCUUGCGACAAGAUGCCCAGCAGAAGGACUUCGGCAUCUUCCAGGCCUGGGCCGAGGCCAGCCGUGCCUACACUCCUGGGAAGGAUAAGCCCGACCUGCCGACCUGGAAGAGGAAUUUCCGGUCCGCCUUGAACCGGAAGGAAGUGUUGCGUUUAGUCGACGACCGGAGCAAGGACCCCCACGACCCGCACAAGGUCUAUGAGUUUGUGAGCCCAGCAUUUAGGGACCUUCCUGAGCCGGACGCCUCUCCAGACACUGAUGGCCGAUGGAGUACCUCUGAUACCCCUGAAGACAUUGUGGAGGAGUUGCUGAGUGACAUGACCUUAGCCCCAGUCCCAGAUGAGGGACCCUCAAGCCUGGCUAUGGCCCCUGAGCACCCCCCUCAGCUCUUGCUGAACCCCAACUUAGACAUUCUUGCUCCAUGCCCAAACUCGGAACCCCCUGAAAACCCACUGAGGCAGCUGCUGGUGGCCGAGGAAGCGUGGGAGUUCGAGGUGACCGCCUUCUACCGGGGCCGCCAGGUCUUCCAGCAGACUGUCUUCUGCCCAGGGGUCCUGCGGCUGGUGGCGUCAGAAGCAGUGGACGGGACACUGCCUGGGCAGCCAAUAAGACUGCCAGACCCCCAGGCGUACCUGACAGAUGGGGGUGCCAGGACCUUUGUGAGGCGUGUACUGAGCAGCCUGGGCGGGGGGCUGGCUCUGUGGAGGGCAGGGCAGCAGCUCUGGGCCCAGAGGCUGGGGCACUGCCACGCACACUGGGCCAUGGGCGAGGAGCUCCUUCCCAGUUGUCACAGGUCCGAAGGCGAGGUCCCCAAGGACCACGAAGGAAGUGUGUUCGACCUGGGGCCCUUCGUGGCAGAUCUGAUUGCCUUCAUUGGAGGAAGUGGACGCUCGCCACGCUACACCCUCUGGUUCUGCAUGGGGGAGUCCUGGCCCCAGGAUGAACCGUGGACCAAGAGGCUGGUGAUGGUCAAGGUUGUUCCCACGUGCCUCAGGGCCCUGCUAGAAAUGGCGCGGAUAGGGGGUGCCUCCUCAAUGGAGAACACUGUGGACCUGCACAUUUCUAACAGCCACCCACUCUCCCUCACCUCGGACCAGUACAAAGCCUACCUCCAGGACCUGGUCGAGGACAUGGAUCUCUAGGUCACUGGGGAAGCCUGAGCCCUUGCUCCUCCUGGGUGCAGGCCCCUCACCCCAACCUCAACCAAUAAACUGGCUCUUGCCACGAUCACCA